AAGCCUCGAAUGUUAGGAUGAAUUCGUCAGAAGAGUGACGAACCGUUAAAAAAAAAAGAACAACAAAGCAGUCGUUGACUAAUUUUAAUUUUUUUCACAUGGUGGACCACAACCCUCGUUGAGGAGACAUGCGGUUUACUCUGGUAAUAUUGUGCGGUCUCUUUGUUAUCUCCGCGCUUGGAGAUCCAAUAAGAACAAAGAGAGAGCCUCCUGUAAGCUCGCAAUAUGGCGCCCCACCAGCAACAUCGUACGGAGUACCGAGUGUAGGAGGACCCUCUGAUUCAUACGGUGCACCACCUCCACCUCCACCUUCAUCGUCAUACGGUGCACCACCGUCGUCGUCAUACGGUGCACCACCGUCGUCGUCUUACGGUGCACCACCGUCGUCGUCUUACGGUGCACCACCGUCGUCGUCGUAUGGUGCACCACCGUCAUCGUCGUAUGGUGCACCACCGUCAUCAUCAUACGGUGCACCACCGUCAUCAUCGUAUGGUGCACCACCGUCAUCGUCGUAUGGUGCACCACCUUCAUCGUCUUACGGAGCACCUUCCGCCGGUGGUGGUCACGGAUCGUUCGGUGGCGGUGGCGGUGGCGGUGGCGGUGGUGGACACGGAUCGUUCGGCGGUGAUCACGGCGGAGGAUCGUACGGCGGCGGUGGUGGCGGUGGCGGCGGUGGUCACGGAUCGUUCGGCGGUGAUCACGGCGGAGGAUCGUACGGCGGCGGUGGUGGCGGUGGCGGCGGUGGUCACGGAUCGUUCGGCGGUGAUGAUCACGGUUCCUUUGGAGGAGGAGGAGGGGGAUCAUACGGCGGCGGCGGCGGUGGUGGUCACGGAUCAUUCGGUGGCGAUGAUCACGGUUCCUUUGGAGGAGGAGGAGGAGGAGGAUCAUAUGGCGGCGGUGGUGAUGAUCACGGAUCGUUUGGUGGCGAUGAUCAUGGUUCUUUUGGAGGAGGAGGAGGAGGAGGAUCAUAUGGCGGCGGUGGUGAUGAUCACGGAUCGUUUGGUGGCGAUGAUCAUGGUUCGUUUGGAGGAGGAGGAGGAGGAGGAUUCGACGAUCACGGAUCAGGCGGUUACGGCGGUGGUGGCGACCACGGUGGAGGUGGCGGCCACGGUGGAGGUGGUGGUUUCGGAUCAUCGGGUCCUGGAUCCUACGGUCCACCUUCGGAUUCUUACGGUCCUCCUUCUGAUUCUUACGGACCUCCGGCACAACCGAAAGGUGUGUGGAAAAAGAAAUUAGUAUGGAAGCCCGAGUGGAAGCAGAUCUGGAAAUCAGAGUCCAAACUGACUUGGAAGCAAGUGUGGAAGAAGGUACAGGUUCCGGUUUGGAAAGAAAUUCAAGUGCCCGCUUGGAAGGAGAUUAAAGUACCCGCCUGGAAGAAAGUCCAGAAACCCGUCUGGAAGGAGAUUCAAGUGCCGAUCUGGAAGGAAGUCCAAGUGCCGGCGUGGAAGAAAGUCUGGAAACCCGUGUGGAAGGAAAUCCAGGUUCCCGUGUGGAAGGAAAUUCAGGUGCCCGAUUGGAAGAAGAUCUGGGUACCGGAGUGGGUCAAAGUCGGCAUACCGGGCGAACACACUGUCGGCAAGGAUCAUCACGGUUGGCAAUACACUAGCCAUGGUUUGUGGAAGAAGAAGUUAAUAUGGAAGCCGGUCUGGAAGAAGAUCUGGAGAACGGAGAAAAAACAAAUCUGGGUAAGUGAUAAGAAACUAGAAUGGAAAGCCGAAUGGAAGCAGAUCUGGAAGACGGAGAAGAAACAAGUUUGGGUGACGGAGAAGAAGUUGAUCUGGAAAGAAGAAUCGGUCCAGGUAUGGAUACCGCAGAAAAAGCAGAUCUGGAUUUCGCAGAAAAAACAGGUGUGGAAAGACGAAUGGAAAAGCAAGUGGGUUCCGGUUUGGAAGGACGUGCAGGUACCAGCAUGGAAGAAGAUCUGGAAGCCCGUCUGGGAGAAAGUUUGGGUUCCCAUUGAAUCGCAUCAUGACGACGGUCAUCACGGUUAUAAGUAGAUAGCUAUCGAUAGUCAGAUAUAUGUAGGCAGAUCGAUCUUUCUUUCGUUUGCAAUAUUUAAAGAUCAAAAACACCGUUGACAAAUUGUUUAGAAACGAUUGAUAUUAAUUACCUGGUUGACCGAGCUUUAUAGAAGAAUAAAUGCUCGAAAGUAAAAUAUAUAUACAUAUAUUUCGAGAGAAA